ACGAUGUGCGCGUGGGUUGCAGAGCCGCCAGAAGAGGGCAUUCAGAUUCUGCUUGGUUAAAGUUGAUUCAGGGUGCAUGACGCUCGUUAAUAGCGUCACGGCGAUUAUAUCUGUACUGCGUGUGUGAGGAAGGCACGUGGAUAAAUAAGGUGGAUAUUUGUAUAUUGGAUUAUUUUGUGAGUUUUUGCUUUGACUUGUGGAGAAAGCAAUUUACUUUGCAAUGUGCGCCAUGGGCGGUCCAGACUGAGCAUCCCUCCAGUCAGACGACACCAAGCUGUUCCGCUGCACGGGAAAUGAAUCUAGAACAGUUUUUUUUUGUAGGGAGAAAUCGAAAAAUUGUAUAAGUGAAAAGCUCUGCGACGGGUUUUGUAAUGAAUCUUCAGGUGCGUGAAGAGACUGCCAUGGUCCACUUGGACGGGACUGCGCUUGCUGCAGUGGGCAAUUCUAUUUGGCUCCAACUUGGACACGGCGCUUAUUUUUGCAGAAAAAGCCUGGACGGGGAGAUUUGAAUUUGGAUUUAGUGAAGAUCCGUCGCAUCACCCUCAAGUGGAGGUAAUUGCACGGUGGUGUUCGGGUAAACAAGCAUUUUUGAACCGGACUGCGCACCCAGGUCCAGGAGAGUAAGCGGGGGUUGUUGCGCUCAGACCCGGCUUGUUAUUAGGACGGUACCUGCCCGUGGACAUGCGGAACAGAAUCCAUUAACUGGACUUGAGAGAUACGCGGAUAUGGGCUCUGCUCUGCAACGUCGGUGGAUAGUACUCCAGCUGCUGAUGCAGGUGUGGCUAGCAGCCAGCCCAGCUCAAACAGAGCGCCCAUGCCCAAAGAGCUGUCGCUGUGAUGGGAAAAUUGUUUAUUGUGAAUCAAGUGCAUUUCGUGAUGUCCCCAAGAACCUCUCAGGAGGUUGUGAAGGCCUGUCGUUAAGAUACAACAGCCUAUUGAAUCUUCGAGCCGGCCAGUUUAUUGGCCUGAACCACCUCAUCUGGCUUUAUUUAGACCACAAUUACAUCACGUCUGUAGAUGGGAUGGCCUUCCAAGGAGUUCGCAGGCUAAAAGAACUGAUCUUGAGCUCCAACAAGAUCACAUCACUUCAUAACACCACAUUCCAUCCUGUGCCCAAUUUGCGUAACCUUGAUUUGUCAUACAACAAACUGGAAGCAUUACAGUCAGGGCAAUUCCAAGGACUACGGAAGCUUCUCAGCCUUCAUAUUCGCUCCAAUUCACUAAAGAUCCUUCCUUUGCGUCUCUUCCAAGAUUGCAGAAAUCUCGAGUUUCUUGACAUGGGUUACAACCGCUUGCGAAGUAUCACUCGGAAUGCACUUUCAGGCCUCGUCAAGCUGACAGAGUUACACCUGGAACAUAACCAAUUCUCAAAGAUAAAUUUUUCACAUUUUCCUCGUCUCUACAAUUUGCGGGCACUUUAUCUCCAGUGGAAUCGAAUUCGCUCAAUGAGCCAGGGUCUAACCUGGAUUUGGGCUUCAAUCCAAAAACUUGAUUUGUCUGGCAAUGAUCUGUCAGAACUCGACGCAGCCAUUUACCAGUAUUUGCCCAACCUCCAAACCCUCAAUCUGGACUCAAACAAGUUAACAAAUGUAUCCCAAGAGGUUGUUGAUGCAUGGGUUUCUGUCACUACAAUCAGUUUGGCUGGAAAUGUUUGGGAUUGCGGGUCAGCCAUUUGUCCUCUGGUCUCAUGGCUGAGAAAAUUUAGGGGUGCAAAGGAAACCAAUAUGAUAUGUGCCUCUCCAAAGAAAGCCCAAGGUGAGAAAGUGAUGGAUGCUGUUGACGCCUUUAGUGUUUGCCAAUUGACCCAAGUGACGAUGCUCACCGCAAGUAUUCCUCCCACUCCUUCCAACGUUUCUAAGCAGCCUGAAAAUCACCCAGCGAUUUUGGCUUCACCCACGCGUUCAGGAAAAAGAGCAGAAGGCUCUAUCAGGGGCCCGACUUCAUCAGCUGUUACCCAGCCAGUGGCUCUUCCCCCAGAUCAAGACCUGCAGCCUGUGUCUUUCCAUAAAAUUGUUGCAGGAAGUGUUGCCCUUUUUCUGUCUGUUGCAAUGAUCCUGUUGGUGAUCUAUGUGUCGUGGAAACGCUAUCCGAGCAGUGUCAAGCAGCUUCAGGAGAAUUCAUCGACAGCCCGUAAGCGACGGAAGAAGUCGAAGGAAACAGAACGCACUUUGAGCUCUCCCCUGCAGGAGUACUAUGUGGACUAUAAACCCAAUCAUUCAGAGGCCAUGGAUGUGCUUGUCAACGGGACGGGAACCUGCACUUACACUAUCUCAGGCUCCCGAGAAUGCGAGAUAAAAUAUCCAAGGAUUCACACUAAAGAAAACACUUGUCAGGUUCCCCAUCAGAUGGGUGCACUGACCUUCUACCGAUACGAGCAGCCGAUUGUAGACUACUGCCAAGCCCAUCAACCCCUGCGGUUAAACAUGAGCUAUGAGGCUCCCCCUCAAGGUCUCGAGGGGCUGGAAGACCUUGGGCCAUGUGAGAGGGGUACUAUACAGACAGUAGCACUCCCGGCUGUGCCCACCGCUGCCACAAUAGGACCCUCAGUACCAGGACCUCGUUCUCCUCCUCCAGCACUCAGGCCAACGACCGACACUCCCAGUGCCAAUCUUACCAAUGAGCGCACCGGCACACUUAAAUUUGGACGCUAGGAGGAUAAUGACAAUUCUCAUGAAUUGUGACUUGAAAAUGAUGGGGCAGCUGAGCUGGUUAUUGUCCUUGUUUUUGGAACAUGAGUAUGAUGAUUAAAAAUUAAAGUGGUUUUGGUAUCGAUACACACAAUCUGAGCAAACCUAAAGUCCAGGACAACACAAUAUUUAUAGAAUUAUCUACCAGAACAGCAAGUUGAAGAUGGUCUACAAUAAGUAAGAUAGACGUUUUAAAAAUAUUUUUGCCUAUUUAUUUCUGUAGCCAUUUCAACACAGCGGGUUAUGCUUUUGAAAAGUUAUGGACAUGCACGUGUUCUAUUUAGGGAUGACAAUGGAGCUAUCACACAAAAAGAGUUUGAUUUAAUGUAAUUAACCAAGUAUUUAACUGAAAUUGCGGAAAUAGUUCCUAUUCAGCAAUUUACACAGAUGCGAAUGUCUAUAAUUAUUUCAUAAAGAUGAGUCAUGUGUCACAAUUGAUAAUUACACUGAGUUCGUCUUUGAUUCUUUUGACUUUUAUUCUGGAUUUGGGAUAUAAUUCAUUUCAAUACUAUAGAUAUCAAACCAAAGAGUCUUUUUUUAACAUAACUGCACACAAGUUGAGGGCAUUCUUAAAAUUCACUGAACAAGCAUCUCUGAACCUAUAUUCUCACAUACUAAACGUCUGCAGUUCUAUUUGUGACAAAUUGCCAUAAUAAUUAUAUAAUUAUGCGUUGCCAUUCAUCACGUUGUUAUAUCCACUCUAGUCCUUCGACUGUUCAACAGUAACACCCACAGAAACAAGUUCAUGAAAGUUUUUUGCGCAUGCUACAUACGUAAACAUACAAGGUUCUGGUGAAAGAAUGGCAAAAAGUUGUAAACAUGUAUAGCCAAACAACAAUUUGUGAAACCUCAAAAAUGAUUGCCAAGUACAGUAUAGUACAUUUCCUUGAAGAGGUCCACUGACCACUCUCACUGCCCCAUUUGGAAUAAUACCUGACUCUAAACAAGAGACGGAGAGGAAAGUAUCUUCUCUGAGCAUGUUGCUCCUUUCAUCUCCCCACACCACAGUGCAAGCAAGUCCCUCAUGUAGGGUGUGUUGUGUCAUCGUGUUGACAUGGGCUUGACCUGUUAAGGAACUGGGAAUAAUGCCUGACAUCUCCGUACCACCCAGAGAGUGACAUCAUGGCUCUCCGGAAACUUUUGGCGAAAGUGUCAAGCACGGCUAUUCACUUAUGGAGCAAGGAAUACUCGAAGCAAGCAAUGCACAGGGAUAUUUUUGUUUUCCCCACACGCAAGUGGUGAUGCACUUGGACAUAUUGGAACUCUGAUUGGUUUAGUCACCAGUAACUGAACAAACUGUGAGACCGACAUUUUCUUGGUCACCAAGAUAAGAAACUGGGUAAUUAUUUAUCUUUUCCUUUGUUGUCAUGAACUAAGAGACACUUUUUGAGGUGUGCAAUGAUGAUGUCAAGACAUUCUGUAAACGUAUCAAAGGUCAAAAUCAAAUAGAACUUAUUUAUCAUGUAAAUAGAAAAUCUUUUAAGACAGAAAAAAAAAAAAAUGACUUUCUUCUGUAACAUCUUAUGAACAGAAGAAGACGGAGCCUUAUUAAUUUUCCAGUCUGUGAUCAAUGUGUUAUUAAGUGGAAAAUCAACUGCUCCUGUUUCAAUGAAAAAUAUUUUUCUAUUGCUUACAUCACUAUUAUAUCAUCCCGCUGUGAAACUAAACCGUUUCUGUCAUCCAGUCAUCUACCUGUCAAAAGAAAGUUGGAGAACCCUAUCCUUGUGACAUAUCCCUCCUUUUAGUUUCAUCUCAAUGACCAUAUGCAGCACCAUCAGUUUCCUCCCAAGUCAUACAAAUGAUUGAAUUCUACCAAAAUUACUCUCAUGUGUCAUAUCUUUUACGUAAAAGGAAUGCCUGAAAUAGCAAGGUCUUAUCAAAUUCACAAAAAAUUUGAAGGUUAAGCCAAUCAUGUUGUACUGUAUAGUGUGUGAAAAGAAAAAGUUUUGCUUAGUACAAUUUCUUAAUAGUGCUGGAGGAAAUUCUUUGGUAAACAAACCUAUACCUAUUCAUUCAUGAUAGAAGCUCUCUCAAUUUUGUCAGUAUACUGCCUGCCUUGCUCUACAAGAAACCUCCUCACACCUGACUUUGUCUGCCUCUUGUUGACCCAGGGAUACCUGAUUAAAAAUCCAUCUCUGCAUGCUAAUACAUUGGACUGUAUCUUGAAAAUUGACAGCACGGCACAGGCGAUAACUGCUCAAGGUUAACAUGUUCGAGGUGGGAUUCUUUUUAAGACGCUCUAUGAAACCCCUGUAAUGCAGUACUUGCUGCUUUUAGUUAUAACGCUUAUUUAGUCUCAAGCCAGACCUAGGUACUUUGGUUGGUAUUGCCUUCUGUGGUUCUGCCUUAGAUGUACAAUAUCACAUUGCAAUAUGUCACUUUGCGACGAGGAGCACUUAGUCCUGAACAAAAAAAACCAAAAGCAUGGUGACAAAAAAGUGGCAACAAGUUACAUUCGCACUGUCCUUGAGGACGGAUUUUUGCUGUCUCUUGGCCUUUCUUGCUUUUGCAAAUGCUGUUUUAUGUUAAGAUAAAAACCUUUGAAAAAAAUCUGAAAUGGGAGAAGAUUUGAGAGAAGAUUCUUUUUCUUUCUAGUUAGGAAAGUGUGCAUCAGGUUAAAAAAGCAGAUUUUCCUUACUCUAUUUGAAAACCUCAAUUUAAUAUAGAGCAUGUCUGUCGUGAAUAUGGCAGAAACAUUUGCUUUUCCAAGCGCGUGUUAGAUUAUAGCAGUGAACAAAAGCUGGCAAAUGUGUUUCUACAUUUCAUAAUAAAAUAAUUUUUUUGUGGAUUUCUUUAGAUUGCAAUAUCAACAUAUAUAGAAUAAUUACAUCCAUGCUGAGAUAAUUUGUUUCUUAAUUGUCGUUAACAAAAGGCUUGUGUAUGGUACUCACCCUUCAAAAAGUACCGUUUAAAGCAUACCAUGUUUUGCCAGCCCACCAAACUAGCCCAUUGAAACACCAAACCACCCAAAGAUCAUUGGUAACACUUUACAAUAAGGGUUCCUUAAUUAACAUUAGUUAAUGCAUUUUUAGACAAUAACUAAUGUUUAAGUAACAAUACAAUAAUUAUAAUAAUUGCUUAUCUAACAUCUAUUAAUACAUUAAUUAACAUGAGUUAAUGCAUUGGCUAAUGCAUUAGCUAAUGCAUUAGUUAAUGCAUAACCAGACAGUAACUAAAGGCUUGGUAAAAUUAAAAAUAUAAUAUAUAGGCCUAUAUAGGGUUAGGGUUUUGCGUUUAGGGUUUGUUAACUUAGCAUUUAUAAUUUCUUAGUUAAGGGACA